UAUACCCUUACUCUGCUGUUCAUCCCUUUAAAGCCUUCUCGCGUCGUUGCUCACAAACCCUGAAACCCUAAUCCCGCACUGCAGCCGGCCGCGAGGAAAUUGUUGGUGACAAACUCUCUCGUCUCUCUUCCUCGAGUCUAAAAAUGUCGACUGGAGAGGUUGCUUGCACUUACGCGUCUUUGAUUCUUCAUGAUGAUAACAUCCCAAUCACUGCUGAGAAGAUCUCAACCUUGGUGAAAGCAGCAAAUGUUGAUGUUGAAUCUUAUUGGCCAAGCUUAUUUGCCAAGCUUGCCGAGAAGCGAGACAUUGAGGAUCUGAUCCUCAAUGCUGGUGGUGGUGGUGCUCCAGUUGUUGCUGCUGCUCCAGCUGCUGCAGCUGGUGCCGGAGCUGCUGCUGCUGCUGCUCCUGCUGCUGAGGAGAAAAAGAAGGAAGAACCCCAAGAAGAGAGUGAUGACGACAUGGGCUUCAGCUUAUUUGAUUAGAGUCUCUUUCCAGUAUGAUAUGUUUUCAUUUUCUUUGUUAUUGUAAUGGUAGUUUAUUUAUGGAUUUUGUAGGCCUUUCUUUCGUGGUGAUUACUUACAAAUAUAUGUGAAAGUCAUGAUUUUGUAGUGCUUUUAACUUUUGACAAUUUGGUUUUCUGUCCAAUCUAAGGUUUCGGACGCUAGAAUUCUUGACACUUUA